AUGCCAGCACUUCCUCCAACAGACACUGAAAUGUUGGGACUUAAACAGAACGAAAUUUUGGAACAUUUUAAUACGAACAAUGAAAAACAAUGCAGUUGUCCAUGUAAAGCAUUGAGUGAAUUAACUGCACAAAGAAAUAUUCCUCUGAAUUUAACUGGAUCGGAAAACGGAGAAAAACUGAUUGGGGACUCAACUUUAGAAGUUAAACCAAUCCCUGUUAAUAAUGCUUCUGCUUUAGAGAAUGCUGCUGAUCAAUUGUCUGGCACAAAAAAUAUUGAAAUAGAAAAAUCAUUAGAAAACCAAUCUACUAAUUCAACAACAUUAUCUUCCCCAUUACCAAUAAAUUCAGAACAAAAUUUAAAUGAAUCUUCCACUAAUUCUUUAGAAAAUAAUUUAAUAAUUAAUUCUACUUUAAUUCCCCCCUCAACUUCUUCAAUUGAACCAAUUCCUACAGAAAUAACUUCAACAAUUCCUCCUUCCCAAAAUUCUUCUGUAGAAGAACAACCACCUCCAAUAGAGAUUGGAAAGUCUUUUGGGUCAAAAACAUAUGAGCCUCAAAAAGACGUUCAAUUAAACAAAAAUGUGGACAAACCUCAACUAAUUCAAAGACCCAUCAUAAAACAACAAAAAAUACCAACGAAUAAUGUCUGCCCAAAAAUAGGACAAAUAGCCUAUUAUGCUGAAAUUGAAGGAAAAAUACAAAGAAAAAACAAUGGGAAAAUAGAAAAAAUAAAUGAUAUUAAAAAUUCGAGAGAUUGUUUGGAUAUUUGUGAUGGACAAACGAAAACAACUUGUAAUUCUGCCCAAUGGACAACAACAGAAGGCUGUGAAUUAUUUAGCAAUUUUUCUACACAAAUUAUAUCUCCACAAAGUCAGUUGACCUUCUUACCGUCUACUGCAACAGAAAAUGCCAAAUAUUAUGAAAAAGUUUGUGUCGAUAAAAAUAUAUUGAAAGAUGAAACUCGACGAACUUUUGUGGCUAUACCCGGAUAUAUUCUUGUUGGACAUGUUCAAGAAGUCUCUAAUGCUGGUUCAUUAUCAGAAUGUUUAAAAGCCUGUUUGUCUGCUUCAGUUGAUUAUGGAUUUACUUGUAAAUCUUUGAUGUUUUACCCAUCAGAUCAAGAACAGAAUUGCCUAAUGAACUCAGAAAGUAGACAUACUCAAUCAGACGUUUUUGUUCCAGAAGAGCAAAAUGUUGAAUUUAUGAUUUAUCUAGAUUUGGACACUCCCCAAAAAAAAUUGCUUCCUUCAACAAUAAAUGAACAAAGACGUUUUUACGACUCUCCAAUUGAUGGAAAAUUAGAAAAUAAAACUUCUAUAGAGGAAGAAACGUGGACUCAUUGGUCUAAAUGCCUAAAUUCUGAAACUGCUGCAGAAAUGCGGCAUCGUUAUUUAAAAUGUAGAGAGUCGAAAGACAUUAGAAAAUGCCCGAAAGAGACGAUUCCUUGCGGCAAAAAAAGUUUUUUUAAAUUACAGUCGAGACCUCGAAUUUAUAUACCUCCAAUACUGGAUACACUCAAAAUUAAAUACACCUCUAUUAAAAAUACCCUCAUUAUAAGAUACCUCUAUUCAAAAUACCCUCAAUAUAAGAGACUAUAA